UUCUAAUGUCUUCCACCAACCUUUUGCCACCCCUUUAAAAGCUCUAACCAAAAGCCUUCCGUUGCACCGAAAGAUCACUAGCAUUUAGAGCUCUCUCUACAACAAAUACUGGUUUCAGAAGGAAAAGCGCUUGCCUUCGCAGUUAGUAACAACGCAGAGGAAAGCGAUGGAUUUCAGGAUCAUGGGCUUGGAAUCGCCAUUAUUGAGCACAGUGCAGCAAAUGAUGGACUUUACAGAUGACGCUGCCGCUGAUAAAUCCAUUAACGCUCCGAGCCGGACGUAUGUGCGUGAUGCCAAGGCCAUGGCUGCGACUCCGGCGGACAUCAAGGAAUUUCCCAAUUCCUACGAGUUUAUCGUCGAUAUGCCUGGGUUGAAGUCUGGGGAUAUCAAGGUUCAGGUCGAGGAUGAUAAUGUGCUUCUGAUCAGUGGCGAGAGGAAGAGGGAGGAAGAGAAAGAAGGGGCCAAGUAUGUGAGAAUGGAGAGAAGGGUCGGUAAGUUCAUGCGCAAGUUUGUGCUCCCUGAAAAUGCCAAUACAGACGCCAUCUCCGCCGUGUGUCAAGACGGCGUGUUAACUGUAACUGUUCAGAAAUUGCCUCCGCCUGAGCCGAAGAAGCCGAAGACCAUCGAGUGACGGUCUUGAGCUGAGGAGUUGAAGAGUACAUUACUUUGAAGAAACAGAGAAAUUAGAAAUAGAUUGGCGUAAGAUGAAGAAUAAAUUGAGGAGAAGCAGAUAAAGAGUGGCCGAGGAAAUAAAUACAGCAAUUCCAAAGUCCAGAUUUAUCACUGAAAAAUCAUAUUUUCCAUUCGUGAAAGUACACAUACUAUUUAGAAGCUUGAGAGAAUCAAACAAGCAGAUUCUAACUCCAUCAGGUCUCUAUCAACUGUAUUUGUGGCAAAAACUAUCUAACCUAGGGAAGACUGG